AUGACAGCCUCAACAAGCUCCUUCUAUCUAGCCAUCCGCACAAUGUGGCCCCCGACCCUCCUCGCCGCAAUCUUCACCCUCUUCAUCACCCCCCUCGAAAAGGUCUUCUACCGCGCAGACCUCUCCAUCGCAUACCACAUCUUCGCCGCUGCCUCAAUCUACCUCACCCUCCUUCUCAACGCCGUCAUCGUAAUGACGCCCCUCAAGACCAAUUUCCAAAACAUCAAGAAGAACGAACAGGUCUUCUCGCAGAUAGGUAUCUUUAACCGCUGGCUCGUCGAGGGCUACCUCCACAGCCUCUUCUUCCUCCCCAAUCUCUUCGGCCCUAUCAGCGUAUGCUGGGUACUUUUCGCUGACAAUAGGUACCUCGACAACCUCGCCCAUCUCUACGGCUUCGUGGUGGGCAUGCUGCAUGCGCCGCUGCUGCUGAGCCUGGCUGUUCAUCUCGUCGUCCACCUUGUCUUCCUCAUCCUCCGGUGGAUUGUCGCAAAGACGUCGUGGCUCGUAUGGACGGCCUCGGAUUACAUGCCCCAACACCCCUGUGAAUCAACCCAGAAAUUCCUCCUUGCUCUACACGUUUGGCUCGAAGAGCUCCCCGAUGAGACUGCGGCUGCGAUCGACCGCAAAUUGUUCCGCACUGAGUGGUUCUUCCUUCAGCUGGUCGCCGGCUUUGCUUGUACUAGUUUGGUCUGUAUGCUCUACACCAUGAUCGUUGACACGUUCCGUCCGUGCUUGCAGCGUCUUGUCGUCCACAUCACUGCGAAGGUGCUGUUGCAUAUCGGAGACUUCAUUUUCGAAGUGGGUCGUUGGAUUGAGGGCCUCGUGGUGAGGCAGACUAUUUGGGAGGAUAUGAACUUGUGA